UUGUUAAUGUUUUUUGACAUCACUAACUUACUGUAUUUUUUGUGUUUUUACAAAUUCUAAUUAAAACUUUCAAUACUUCAGCGAACUCCUUUUUACCAAAUCCGUCCAAACAAGACAGAAUCUCGGCAUAAUUUGUAAACAAAUCCACAAACGCUUCACAAAAACAUUUUAAAUAACCAAUAUAUUUACAUAUAUAUAUGCAUACAUAUGCAUAUUGUUUGCACAAAAUCUGGUGCAUAUCUUACAUUGCCUUUAACAAUAAUAUAAAGGCCCCACGACGAAGAGGUCGCAGCAUUUGCAGGGGAAUUUAGGUGAAGGAUAACGUAACGUAUUAUGGUUCUAAUCUGGGAUAAAUCCCGCAAAUUCUGGUAUUAAGUAAUUUAUGCACAUAAAGCACAUUCAAGCUAUCGUAUUUGUCAAUUACUAAACGUCAACAGUGGCAGAUAUCGUAUCACGCACAUAUAUGUAUGCAUGUAUGUAUGUAUGUGUGUGCUUGCAGCAACAACAUCAACAAUUGCGAAAAUAGAGAGUUGUGUUGUAAUCACAUUAUAAAAGCUAAGUGGCAAUUGUAUCGUACAUACAUAAAUAACUAAUUGAUUGAUCAAGUUGCCACAGGAGCAAGGAGCCUGGGCCCAAUUUGAAUGUACACGCGUGCAUGUGAAUAUAUAUUUAUGGCUUCCAAUUCAUCUAAGAAAAACAAAUCGUCUGGUUUGCGCAUAUUGUGGAUACCAGGACGAAAAAGCCAUCCGAAAGGUCGAUUGAGUUCUACAAACAAACACAUCUCGUAUUCGCCCACCCAAAAGAAAAGCGAGGUGUGGACCUUGGGCGGCAGCAGGGCCCAAACUGAACUAAUUGACUUGCCCUCGCCGGAAAUCAACGGUGCUUCGACAUCAUCAUUGGCUCUAUUGGGCGCCAUGUCCUCAACGCUUGUGAAGAGUGUAAAGGGGGAUUCCCUGAAUCGUAAUAACAUAACACCAGAUGAUGCCACGGCUGUCUCAGAAUGCGCCACACUGCCAACAACUCCAGUUGCCGCAAUAUCUCCAAAUUUAAAUAGUCCACUCUCGGAGCUGGCUCCGUCGACACCCUCAACAACCUCAACAGCAAUGGCAUCCCCGAUUGUUGUGACAACAGUUGAAAUUCUUGAUUUACACAAUAUUUUAAACCCCGAUGAUUUGCCGAAGGUGCCAUCAAUCGGCGAAACAGAUUUGUCCACAUCGGCUGUCGUAUUAAAUAGCUCAGCAGGAACAACAGCUUCGAUAACCACCAAUUCAUCUCCAUUAGCAAACCGCAAAGCCCACAAUCAGCCAGCGGCCAACAACAGCUCGCCACAUAAGAGCAGAUACAGGAACCACAACAACAAUCAGGAUGAUAUAAAUUCCAUCGAGAGUAUUUCCAGUUUUAAUAGAAAUCAGGUAAACGCAAAUUUCGAAUGGAUUGAUGAUAUGGUGCAGCAACGCAACUGUAGUGAACUGAUGCACAAAAACAAACGUAAAAAAUCAAAAAAAUUGGUAGAUGCCAAGGAAUCGGAUCAAUUGGAUGGCCGUAAAAUCAAGGAAAAGCAGGGAUUGGCACCUUACGAGGACAAUGACGAAAAGGUGGUUAAAUGUCUCUAUUAUUCUCUCAUGUGCUGCGACUGUACAAUAUCAUAGAUAUAGAUAUAUAGUAAUAAAGAUUCAAACAAAAAGCGCAUAUGCACGUACAUAUGCCAGUGUAUGUAGCUUAAGAAUGUAUGCAUUUAAAAACAACCUGCUCAAAUAUUUUGUAUGUAUGUAUGAACUUGUACAUUUUUAUACGGAACAAAUGAUAAUUUGCCUAUAAGUCUGUGUAUACGUACAAAUCCAUUAUUCGAAAUAACCAUGACCAAGUAUUCCAUUUAAUAUUAAUUUGUCAACAUUUGAAAAUGAAACGAAUUUAUGCAGCGCACACAUUUCCAACAUAGCCAAAACCGUAAUAUCGAAAUAUAUCUAUAUAAUUGAA